AUGUCUCAAUCCUCCUUUCGUCUCAAUUGGGAGGCCGAACCAUCUCUUACUUUUACACUACUCACUCUCAUCAAGUCCAACCCACUCUAUCAACACGUUUUCUUCUCCACCUCAAUCGAACAAGUAAAAGACAAGUAUCUUGUCAGUCAGAAGAUCUGUAUCGAAUUUUUCAAAGAUAGCGUGUGGAUGAAAGAUGCUGAGAGGAGGGGCUUGGUGAUAAAGACCGAGGCAGGAGAAUGGAAAGCUACGAAGAAAUGGGGUAGUAAUGUGGCUAAUCCAAUUACAUCUAGAGUACUCCAUCUGCGAAAAAGGUUUAACGACGGCUGGUACAAGACCAAGCGUGGUAUCCUCCACAACAAUACCAAGAUCGAGGACAUCCCUGAUCGACGUAAAAGAGUGUUGUUCGGAAAGCAACAUCCAUACUACUUUAUACUUCGAGAAUUGUGUCAAGGUCAACAACCACAAGCUGGACUUCCGGUGAUGACCCCAGUGGAAGAACCCCCCGAUCCACCUACUCGACGAAGAAAGAGAUCUCCUUCAACCAUAUCUUCCGACUCGUCCGACUCUGAAGGAAAUGUCCCUCUUGCAGCUCAUGCUGCUUCACCACUGCUAAAAGAUUUAGAGAUUCCGCCACAAAAUGAAACUCAAGUAUUUAGGUUUGGUAUGAGACCUAACAUUGCUUAUAGCGAUGAUUCAAAUUCGGACUCCGAUUCAGAAGCGUCGUCAGCAUCCGAUAGCUCAUUUAUCUGUGAGCUGAACACGCGACCUCAGGAUCGCACUCCCGGUAUAUCAGUAACUCCUCCUUCACCAGCACCGUCCGACUCGCCAUCUGUUGUGGCACUGUCCUGUACAUCAGAUCAGUGGGAACAACCGAAAAUAAUCAGAUCCCCACCUGACAAAGAGCCUUGA